GGCAAGGCGGGGUGGCUGGCUCUCCCCGCGGCGCGGUUGCAGUGGGCUGUGGAGUGCAGCUCCUGGGUGCCACCAUGUUCCAGGGCACUGAGGCUGAGGCGGCCAAGCCUAGCUCCAGAGUAUUGAAGCCCCCAGGGGGAGACUCUAGUAAUCUUUUUGGGAGUACAGAAGAAAUGUCUUCUUCAAGCAGACCACACCGGAUGGCAUCCAAUAUCUUUGGAGCAUCAGAACAACCUCAGAACAUUCCAAAAAGAACAAACCCUCCAGGAGGAAAAGAAAGUGGCAUUUUUGAGGAUUCUAGUUCUACUCAGCUUCGUCCACGCAUGAAUCCACCUGGUGGGAAGACAAGUGAUAUCUUUGGGUCUCCUGUCUCUCCUAGCAUUGUGCGAGCACACCCGAACAAACCCAAGGAUCACAUUGUCUUGAAAGAAGAGGAAAUACCAAAGAAGCUAGAAGCUACAGAAAAUAUCAAACCACACCUGGAAGACAGAGGCGAGAAAAAAGCUCUGAGCAAAGAGGAGCGAUGGAAGGAGCCAGAACCCAAGAUAGACAAUCACGAACCCCGACUAGGGCCAAGGCCACGCUCACACAACAAAGUUCUCAAUCCACCAGGGGGGAAAUCCAGCAUUGCAUUCUAUUAGGGUUAUUGUGUCACUGUCACUAAUGGAGAAACUGUUGUCUAUGGUGGUGAGGUCAGUUUAUACACUAUUGCUUGUGAAUAGAUUCUUAGGCAGAUGGAUGAGGGUUAUGUUAGAGUAUGUAGGAAGGAUAACUGGUUGAUUUGGGGAGGACAUGCUGGGGAGGGAAUGGGUGCCUUGUGGAAGAUAUGAGUAUUGGCCUGCCUGGAUGGGUGGCAGAGCACGACGUUAGUGUAACUUUGUGAAAAAUCAGUGCUACUUAGUGGUGGGUUCCUCACACUUCUAGGUUCUUAGCUAGCUUGUGGUUCAGCAUGCUCUUGUGGAAUCAGGCAUAUCCAUUCAGCCAACAUGUCAAACACUGUGAAUGGGAAGAGGCCUGGAAGUCACACCUGAAGAUAAUGAAGUACAGCAGGUAGUCUGGGCUUUCCCCUAGGCAGUGGGAUGCAGCUUCACAGCAUGUGCUGACUUGCAGUCAUGUGACUAUAAAUAUCUUCCACUGGAACAAGUAGUGCUGCCAUGGUUAAGAGUGUCUUCAGUGAUUGCUUCUUUUUCUCCUUUCUUGCUUGCAGCACAUGAUUGCUGAUACAAGGACAAAAUAAGCUGAAAGUUUCUUUUUACUCAUAAACCAUCAUAUGUUUGUAAAGAUUGUGGUCUUCCCCUCCCCAGGUAUUCAGGUCUUUUGGAUGCCUUUAGUAAUUUGCAGAUUACUGUGACUGGCUCUUCACAUGUGACAGUCCAACAUGCUGUUUCAUGUAGGUGCUUCUAGUUUAGUGCUUGUAUGUUUUCUGGUAAAGAUGUGGGUGCAAACAAUAGCUUUAUGGUACUCUUUGAACAGAGGCAAUGUGGAAGUUUACAGUUACCAUGGAGAAUAUACUGAGGUAUCAGCCAGGUCACUCUGACCCAGCCUCUGUAGAAAGGGCUUAUCUUCAGCACUGGCGUUCACUUGGCUCCCCAUGGAAAUCAGGACUGUUCUCCUAUCUCUACCACAGUUAAUUUCCUGUUGGUUUUGCCUGUGCUGAGUAUGUUAGUGAAUUCUCCUGUCUUUCAUCAGCCUUACCUUUGCCUUUGACUGUCUCCUGUUGACUUUUGUUGGUAAGGUUGGGAGAAUUAUGCAAGUUCUCCCCAGCCUAGAGCAGUAAUUGAUUUUGCUGUAGAUUACCUUAGUUGGAAAAACAAAGCCAGCACAAACAGAAGGUUUGUAUUACCAAAACCUAUUGUAAAUCAUGUUUGAUUUGCAUGAUGUGAAUGUUUGCACAGAUGUUUUUGGGAGAGGGUUUGUUCUCUGAAUGGAUUUUAUGAUCAUAUCCAGAGCUUUGAUAUCUAUAUAUAUGACUGUUAACUGUAGGUGCUCAAUAUUAAAUAUCUUGAAUACAGACCUUUUAAAUGUGACAUAUCAAAACAGGAGUUGUUCAGGUACACAAAAGAACAAGUGGCCUUAUUGUGUAUAUCCACUGCUGUUCUAGCCCAUGUUUCCUGGGAGCUGCUGCUAUUGAGACAGGGUGCUGAGCCAGGUGCUAAACUUCUCUGUGCUUCCUAGGUCAUGCAGUUCCCCUGUAUCAGCAGCAGUGGGUGACUGCUUUAAGACUUAGUUGCCUUUUCAAAUAGCGAAACAUAUAGGGCAGUGCUAGGAGAGAAACAGCCAUCGCAAGUAGGGAUUUAAAUGCCUUUGUAUCUUUCAGAUUGGUUUGGAGCUGCCUAUUAAUUUUCCUCCCAGGAAAACAGGGCAGUAGUUCAAACUGCAACCCUGGAAUCAACUUAAGUUACUUCCAAACUUUUAUUUCUUAGCAGCUCUUCCUGAGUCUGUGCUCUCCAGCCUCUGGCUCAGUCUCUGACAUAUUAGCCAUUCCAGUUCCUUGUUCCAGUACUUGACAGGAAGCUGUCAUGUAGAAAAGUCAGCCAGAGGCCGCUUCCUACAUUGCAGGCUCUGGUAGCGGAUGCUACCUGCAAUACCAAGCAUUUGGCAUCUUUUAGUACCUGUUGUACAUUGGCUUCAGUGCCUGUCUUUUAAAAGCAACUUCUGACUAGGCCUUAAAUUAGUUAACUAUGUUAAUUUUCUUGCAUUUCUUUCUUUGGGAUCUAAGCAGUGUUUUCAGCUCUUCAGGUAAGAUUGAUCUGAGCAUUUCUCUGGGACAUAAGGGGAUUGGAAAUCAAAUGACAGAACAUGCAGUUAUCAAUAAACUUCUGUAUUUUGUUACUUCA